AUGACAAUUUCUUUGAAGAAUAAUAAUAAUAAUAAUAAUAAUAAUAAUAAUAAUAAUAAUAAUAAUAAUAAUAAUAAUAAUGGUGAAGAUGAAAAAUUAUUUUGGAAAGUUUUUCAUAAUAAAUUUUUAUUUUUUAAAAUUAUAAAUAGUAUAGAAGAAUUAAAAUUUGAUUUUCCAAAUAUUUCAACCUAUUAUGAUUUAAAUAUUAGAAAGAAAUUUAAGAAUAUUAAUGAUUUAGGUUCAAUGGCAUUAUAUAAACAAUAUUCAAUAUUAAAAGAUAAAUUAAAACAUAACGAUUAUAUUCAUUUAAGUCCAAGUUCAAUAAGAGAAUUUAUAAGAUAUUGUGAUGAUAAAUCAAUAAUCUCACAAGUUUAUUCAAAAUUUAAAUUAGAGUUCAAUUUACUAGUUAACCCAAUUUCAAUUGCAUUUUCAAGUAAUAAUAUUCAAGCUUUAGAUUUAUUCAUUUUCAAUUUUAAUUUACAAAUUGAUAAAUCAUCAUUUCAAGAUAUUAUCGAAUCAAAAAAUUCUCAAUUACAAAAAUAUAUUUUAAAUUUAAUAAUUAAUAAUAAUAAUUCAAAUAAUAAUAAUAAUUCAAAUAAUAAUAAUAAUAAUAAUAAUAAUAAUAAUAAUAAUAAUAAUAAUAAUAAUAAUAAUAAUAAUAAUUCAAAUAAGAUUUUAAUUAAAUUACCAAAAUUAAAAAGAUUAUUAAACUUAUAUUUUUGUGGUGAAUCAAUUGAUAAUGAAGUUUUGAAAUUAAUUAUAAAUUUAUAUAAAAUUGAUAGUUUAAAAGAAUUAAUUGAUGAAAAUGAAAUUGAAAGUUUUGAAAAAAUUAAUAUAAAAAAAUUUAUUGAAAUAAAUGAUAUUUUCAUUCAAAAGGUUUUAGUAGAUUUAAAAAUUGUUGAAAAAUCAAAAGAAACUUUUAAUUUUGGUGGUGAUGGUAGUGGUGGUGAUUAUUUAAAUGAUAAAACUAUUGAAGAACUUUUAAUUAUGAUUGAAAUUAUUUAUAAAAUUGGUAAAGGAUUAAGUGAUUCUGAUGUAAAUAAUUUAAUGAAUACAAAAAUUAUUAAUAGGGCAUCAUCAUCAUUGGAGAGUAAAGAGAGUUUUAAACAGUUAAAGAAAUUAAUAGUUUUAGAGAGUAAUUCAUAUUAUUUAGAAUUCUUUGAAACUUAUGGUGAACCUGUAUUAAAUCAAGGUUAUAAUUAUUAUACCAAUUUUUAUAAUUAUUCUUUUCAAACUUUUAAUCCACAAGGACUUCAAUCUUUAAUUGAUUCAGCAUUUGAUUAUACUCAUUGGAUUUAUCCAAUUUCAAAAAAAGAUGAUCCUAUUAAUUUUAAGAAAUUAAUUAAAAUAGUCUUAAAUGAUCAACAAAGAGUUGUUGAUUUUUUUAAAUUAUUUUAUAAUCAAUCUAAAUCUAAUAAUUUUAAAUUUUUAAAACUACAACAACAACCACCACCACCACAAGAAGGAGAAAAAGAAGAAACCAUUGAAAUAAAAUGUAGAAAUAUAAAAGAAAUAUUUGAUAUAGUGGUUUCUUUAUUAAAUAGAAAUAUAUGGGAGCAGUUAAUGAAUAUUAGAGGUUUUCCAAUAUCAUUACUAACUUCAAUACCACAAAAUAUAAGUAAAAAUAAAAGAAAGAAAUUUUCAUUUGAAGAUUCAAUUUUUUAUAUUGAAAAAAUUAUAAAAUCAAUUGAAAUCAUUUCAAUCACUCAUAAAAGACAAUUAUCAAUAUUACCAUUCAAUUUUAAAACUACAAAACAUAUUGAUUACUUUUUCAAAACUAUUGAAAUUUUCACUUUUAAAUGUAAAUAUUUAGAUUUCAAUAAUGAUCAAGAAUUAAUUGAUUAUUUUUGUGAUAAUAUUCCAAUAUCAGCUAUACCACUUUUAUUUGAUGAUGAUGAUGAUGAUGAUAAUAUAACUACCGACAGUCAAAAUAUUCUUAAACAAAUCUUAAUUAAUAAACAAUUUAAGUAUUGGUUUAAAUUAUGUAAUAUUUUAGAAAUUAAAAAGUUUGAAUCAUUAAUUUAUAAUUUAAGUUCAAAAAGAAAUUGGAUUAAAAAAGAUAUUGAAACUGAAAAAAUAUCACUUUUAUUAAAGUUUUUAUUUGAACAAUCAGAAUUUUCAAAAUUUUUUAAUAAAAAUAAAAGUAAUGGUUCUAGUAGUGGUAGUAGUACAGAAAAUGAUUUAAAUGAAUCAAUUAUUAUUGAAUUUUUUCAAGAUGUUAUUUUUCAUUUAAUUGAUAGGGAAAUUAAAAUUUCACAACUUGAUACAUUAAUUAAUAUUGAUUUUAAUUAUCAACCAUUUGUAUCAUUCCUAUUUGCAUUAACUUCAAUUGGGUAUGAUUAUUUUGAAAUUUCAUUCAUAAUAUUAAAUCAAAUUCAAAAUAAAUUUUCAAUAAUUUCAAAUCAGUUAACGUCAAUUGAUAUUUUUGAAAGAAUAUCAGAAGAAAUUUAUCAAGAUGAAGAUUAUAAUCAAGAUAUUUAUGAUGAAGAACAUUUAAUUUCAUCAAUUGAUAUGUGUUGGUUAAUAAAUAGUUUCCUAAUGAUUAUACCAAGUGAUUUUUAUAAAGCUUGCUCCUCUUUAUUUUCAAGACUUUUCUUAUUUCUUUCAAGAUGUAAAGAUAUUAAUUUGGGAAUAUUGGAUUCUAUUAGAUUACUAUUAGAGAAUAAAUCAAUUGAAUUAAAUAUUGAACCAAAAAAAUUAAUUGAUAUUUAUCUUUCAAUAAAGUCAAUUAAGUUAUCAGAAUAUCAAAAAAAUAGAACCAUUAAAGAAGGAACAGUUGAUUUUAACUUUAAACUUGAUUUUAUUAAAAAUUCAAGCGUUGAAAUACUAUUGGAAUUAUUAAUUAGUGAUAAUAUAAAUCAACUAUAUAAUAAUAGUGAAAUAGUUGUACGAUAUUAUUCUAUCACUCAAGAUUUAAUUUAUUUAUUACAAUUGAAUGAAAUCAAUUUAUAUUAUAGGGUUUUGGAUUUACAUUAUUAUUUUAUUGGUAAAAACAAUGGUCGUUUAAAUGAAUCUGAUAUUAAAUAUAUAGAAUCUGCUAUUUUAAAAAGCCUUCAACUUUCAAUUAAACUAUUUAGAUCAGAAAGACAACUUGUUAGAUUCAUUGAAAAUUGUAAUAUUACUAUCGAAAAUAUACUAUAUCAUUCUUUAAUGAAUAAUAGAUUGGAUUUCAUUAAGUUUUUAAAUGAUAAUUACCACCCAAUUCAACCAAUAAAAUAUACUUCAAUAUUUCUUAUAUUUUCUUCAAAUCAUUUGGAUAUUGCAAAGUAUUUACUUUCUAAUCUUAAAGAUAAAAUUCUUAUUGAAAAAAUUGAAUGUAAAACUCUUUUCAAUCUUUUAUUUAGAGGUGGUUUUUUAGAAAUGUUUCAACUUUUAUUAGACCACUAUCCUAAUCUUAUUAGUUUAGAUCAAGAUUCUUUCAAUUUUGAUGAAUUUAUAUCUUUUCAAAUUUGUAAACCUGCUAUAUUAUACUACUAUAAUAAUUUACCAAUUAAGUGUAAAGUUUUAAAAAAGGUACUAGAAGAGUCUAUUUUAAAACAAUAA